AUGACCCUCACUGUAAUUUGCUUUCACAGUGGCCUCUCUGAGUGGGGCAUGCUCAGUGCAGCUCUGAAAAGCUUGACCUUUGACCUGUGCUUAAGUUCUCAACCUAAAUAUAUUGGAAAGACGGUAGUGAUCAAUGCAUUUGACCAUGGAGACCGUGGAACUGAAAAUUCAAUGUUUAUCUUCAAGAAUUAUCAGUUUGUUUUGGCUUUGGCUUUUGCUAUUGAAGAGAUCAACAAAAACCCUGAUCUUUUACAUAACUUGACUCUAGGAUUUGAAGUCUAUGAUAUUCAAUUCAGAACUUGGACCGUGUAUAAGAAUCCUUUCAUUUGGCUCUUUGGGAAGUACAAGAUUCCAAACUAUUCCUGUAUAAGAAACAGCAGGUCUAUAGCAGUACUUACAGGACCAUUAGGAAUAACAUCUGACCAAAUUGGAACAUUACUGGGACUCUACAGAUUUCCACAGCUUACCUUUGGGCCAUUUGUUCAUGCCCUGAAUGACCAUCACAAGUUUCCUGCUCUCUAUCAGAUGGCCCCAAAGGACACAUCAAUAGGCACAGCCAUCGUCUCCUUACUGCUUCACUUCAGCUGGAGCUGGGUGGGACUGUUGAACUUACGAGAUGAGAAUGAUUUGUGGGUUCUUGCUGAAUUGAAAGAAGAGAUGGCCAAGAACAGAAUUUGUAUAGCCUAUGAGCUAGUUGUCUCAAGCCAAUCAACAUCAUAUAUGUUAAAAGCCAUGUCAGUUUAUAAUGAGAUAAAUAAAUCUUCAGCAAAUGUCCUCAUCAUACAUGGUGAUAAUGAUUCACUAAUAGUUUUAAUAAUGGGCAUUGAGCAACUUUUAAUAAAAGGCAAAGUUUUCAUCAUGAACUCACAGUGGGAAUUCACCAUGAAAAGGAGAUAUUUCAUGUUAGGCUCACCACAUGUUCUUCUUAUUUUUUCACACCAUCAUGCAAAUGUUUCUGGAUUCAUAGAUUUUGUCAAGACAGUUAACCCUUCCAAAUACCCAGAAGACAUUUUUCUUGCUAGGCUGUGGUUUCUGUUGUUUAAUUGCUCAGAUGCUGAGUCUGACUGUGCUACAUGGAACAACUGUCCUCAUGACGCCUCUUUGGAUUGGUUGCCUGGGCAUAUUUUUGACAUGAAUAUGUCUGAAAACAGCUAUAAUAUAUACAACUCUGUACAUGCUGUAGCCCAGGCUCUUCAUGAGAUGCUUCUUCAUCAAAUAGAAGUUCAAACAAUGGGAAAUAGAAAAGGGACAGUGCCUUCCCAUGCACAGCUGCUCCAUUUUCUGAAGAACGUCGAGUUUUACAAUCCUGUUGGAGAUCAAAUGAUUUUGGAUGAGAAAAGGAAAUUGGAACCAGAGUAUGACAUUCUGAAUAUUUGGAAUUUUCCAGAAGGUCUUGGACUUGAGGUGAAAGUAGGAAAGUUUUCUCCAUAUGCUCUCCAUGGUAAUGAACUGUCUUUAUCUGAAGAUAUGGUAGAGUGGGCCAUAGAAACUACAGAGACUCCUCGCUCUGUCUGCAGUGAGACUUGUGGUCCUGGAUUCAGGAAAUCUCCUCAGGAGGGAAAGGCUGCCUGUUGCUUUGAUUGUACACCUUGCCCAGGGAAUGAGAUUACUAAUGUGUCAGAGAUGGACCAGUGUGUGAAAUGUGCAGAUCAUCAGUAUGCCAACACACAGAGAAAUCAGUGCCUCCGGAGAGAUCCAAGUUUCCUGGCUUUUGAAGAUCCCUUGGGCAUGGCUCUGGCCUGCAUGGCUCUCUGCUUCUCUAUGCUAAGUGCUUUUGUUUUGGGGAUAUUUGUGAAACACCAAGACACUGCCAUUGUCAAGGCUAAUAACCGGACUCUCAGCUAUAUCUUGCUCAUCUCCCUCAACUUCUGUUUCCUCUGUUCCUUGCUCUUUCUUGGACGUCCCAACACAAUCACGUGCAUCCUGCAGCAGAUCACAUUCGGAGUUCUCUUCACUGUGGCUGUUUCCACAGUGUUGGCCAAAACAGUGACUGUGGUCCUGGCCUUCAAGGCCAUUUCUCCAGGGAGAAGGAUGAGGUGACUGAUUUUAUCAGGAGCUCCUAAUUUCAUCAUCCCCAUCUGCACUAUCAUCCAGGUGACCCUUUGUGGACUCUGGCUGGGAACCUCUCCUCCCUUUGUGGACACAGAUGCACACUCUGAACAUGGCCACAUUAUCAUCCUGUGCAACAAGGGCUCCCUCACUGCUUUCUACUGUAUCCUGGGAUACCUGGGAACCCUGGCCCUGGCCAGUUUCACCCUGGCUUUUCUGGCCAGGAACCUGCCUGACACCUUCAAUGAAGCCAAGUUCCUGACCUUCAGCAUGCUGGUGUUCUGCAGUGUGUGGCUCACCUUCCUGCCUGUCUACCACAGUGCCAAGGGGAAGGACAUGGUGGCAGUGGAGGUUUUCUCAAUCUUGGCCUCUACUGCAGGACUCCUAGGCUGCAUUUUUGCCCCAAAAUGUUACAUUUUGUUAAUGUCCAGUAGAAAUUCUCUUCAUGGCUUCAGGGAUAAAAGACAUAGUAGGAGAAAUUAG